GGUUCGAGAAUAUUAUAUGACUUUCAAGGUCACACAGGUAGUAACCCAUUUGAACAGUACUCUUUCCAGUUUCCCAGCUGGUUGCCUCAGAUGACUAAGAUUAAACUGACCAUGAUCACAAAGUUAGAGUUGGAGGGAUCCCAAUUCAGCGUCCUUACUUGUAAUCCUGCACUAUCCACCAUGCUUCACUCCUACUCUGAACUCUUGCGUUUAAUGGAUCCCUUGCCUGUAUCCAACAAGCGAAUCUAAGGACUAAAGGAUUGCGUCUGGUCUUUCUACAAAGUCCACCCUUAAUUGCAACUAGACAUCUCAUAGUAAAUGAUGAGCAAUACUGCACAAUAACCCUGAAUUUGUUCUUUUAGCAUCUGACUGUCCACUCUGUGCUUGAAAUCCAAAACGACGUAGUAAAGAAUCUGCAAUAUUUCUCGAAGCAGUGAAAUAAAUAUUCGUAUUCAGAAGGCUUCUUCCCCAAGCCUGGAGUCAAUGAGAUCUAGAUCGUCUCCUCUGCGAACACUGGACUUCUCAAGACGCCUAUUCAGUUGAUUCGUACUCUCUCCUCCUACUGCCCACCCGUCCCUUCGCAGAAUGCCCGAGGACAUCUUUAUCCCUCACAGUCCUCUCUUUUUCAAGAAGCCCUUCUGAGUUCAGUCUGUGCCUCUGUUCCUCUUCAAGUCGAAGCAUCCCAAAGCCCAGUGAAGACACUUCAGAAGGGGUUUAAAAAGUGAGGCCUUCGCGCAGAUGGAACACAUUUCUUUGGGAAACUUCUGUCAUCUGGCCCAGGAAACAGGCCUGGCCCAGGAACGCAGCCGGGCUGCGCCACCUGUCGGGCAGAGGUUUCUUCUGUCCCAACUUUUUCCCGUGUGACGUCACCGCCCGGAGCCAAUCAGCAGUUCUCCGGGCUCUUCCCAAAUCCUAGCCAAGCGAAGGAGACGAAGUGAAGAAGCGCCGAGACUGAGUCCAAAGAUUCUGAUCAGUCCUGAGGUGGAGGGUAAGAAAGAGCGAGAGGCAAAGCGGCUGUGCGCGCGGGGGGGGCCGCGAGGAGCUGGGGCCGGAGGAGGGGGAGAGCGGGGCAGGCCCGCGGUCAGACGCCCGCCGCCAUCACGCCGAGCUCUAUUUCUGUUUGUAAAUUCAUCGAGGUCAAAGUUCCAGUCUCCUACAACCUUGGGAUAACACUACCUGAUAUAAUACAGAAUCAAGUAUAAUGGUAAAUGCAUUUUAGACUCUAAGAGGAUUUUAUUAUUUGAAGUACACCAAAGAUAUCAUUACAACAUUAUUCCACCUGCAACAUAGUUCUGUGACAUGGACUUCAGGGACAGUAUUACAUCAAGACUUGAAUAUAUUUCUUCUGGAUUCCUCUCCCACCUACUUCCUAGUGUGGUGCUCAGUAAACAGAACAACUUUCUUUUUAAAUGUUGUUGACUGAUAAAUGCCUUCAGAGGUAGGUGAAACUGCCAUCCUCUGUCUCACAUCUGAGUAUCAGCUAUUUGUAUUCAUCCUUCACAUUGUAUCACAUUCCCCAUCACUCCUGUGAAGCAGUUUUACCAUCCUCUUCCUCUGAAAUAAACACAAAGGACCUAAACGUUGAAGCCAAUAAUUUUUGCCUGGAAGUAGGGUUUCUGACUGCCUCUGCUCAUCCAUCUUCAAAGUCUAUCAUGCCUACAGCCCUUUGCCCCAGAGUCUUAGCCCCAAAGGAGCGAGAGGAACCCAUUAAAAUGAGGAACCCCCGAGGGCAGGACCCUACCCCACAGGCAGAACCCCCUGGCCCUGAAUCCUUCCGAAGGCUAUUCCGUCGUUUCCGCUACCAGGAAGCUGCUGGUCCCCGAGAGGCUCUAAGACGGCUUCGGGAACUCUGCUGGGGUUGGCUAAGGCCAGAGCAACAUUCCAAGGAGCAAAUUCUAGAGCUCCUAGUGCUGGAGCAGUUCCUGACCAUCCUGCCUGGAAAGAUCCAGAAUUGGGUGCGAGCCCAGGAGCCAGAAAGCAGUGAGCAGGCAGUGGUUGUGGUGGAGGAUUUGGAGACAGAACCUGGGAGACCAUGGCAGUGGCUCCAGCUCUCUGAGGAUCCUGUGGUGAUUGAUGAUGGUGAUGGUUCCCCUGUCCUAGUUCGGGGGCCAGAACAGGAAAGACUCUUAUCAGACACAGCAUCCCCUGUGGCAGCAUCAGAGCCCUCAAACAGCUUGUCAAAGAGACGGGUCUGCCAUCCUCCAUCCCAAGAAGAAGGGCUAGGAAACCCAAACCCAAGAUCAGCAGAGCAACUCAACAGGGGCAUUGAUGAAGGGCUUCCAUUCACAAAAGAAUCAGGGAUGGCUCUCUGGGAGGAGGAGGGAUAUAUUGGGAAAAUACCCCCUGUUUCCCAAGUUCCUUUAUUUCCUGAGGAAGGGAGCUCUGAAGACCAGGAAAAAGUGACCUCACUCCAUCUGUCUCAGAACCAUGUGACUCAGCUCAAGGAUGUGAUCCUGUGUUUCUCUGAGGAAGAGUGGUCUCUUCUGGACCCUGCUCAGACUGGCUUCUAUGGAGAAUUCAUCAUAGAGGAGGACUAUGGAGUCUCUCUCCCCAUGAACUAUCCAGGUCCCCAGCCAGUCCCAGAGAGAAUAAAUGAAUUGCCCAAGGUCAUGCAACUACCAGAUUCCCGGGUAGAAGAGGAUGAGCCAUGUGUCCCGGAAUUCCAGGGCCCCCAGGAUAAGGAGAUCCCCAAAACUACUUGUACAGGAGAUAGCAACAUGAACAAGAAGGAGCUGCCUCAGCAGAAAAAUCUAGGAGAGGAAGUUUCCAUUGAAAUUGUAUUAUCCAGUUCUGGAGAUGAGGAUCCCAAACAGAGCCAGUCCUGUAGAGAAGAUCUUCCAGGCUCCAAGAGGAGGAGACGCAACCCUUCCCUACCCCACAAGAAUAACAUGACUGACUUCAGAGAUGCUGUCCAUUCUCAGGUUGAGACUACAUCAAGGAAACCUUACACAUGCCCUGAAUGUGGGAAGAACUUCCGCUGGAGGGCAAACUUCAUCAGGCAUCUCAAGAGCCGCAAGGAAGAGAAGAAGGUUCAUGAAUGUCCUGUCUGCCGGGAAACAUUUACUGAAAGUGAGGAUCUCAAAGAACACAGGGAGACCCAUGAAACUAAGAAGCCCUACAUAUGUGGUGAGUGUGGGAAAAGUUUCCGCCUCAGCUCCCAUCUUGUCUCCCACAGCAGAAUGCAUGCCCAGGAAAAAGGGCCUGAACUAAGCAAGAAAGAGCAGCAAGGGUCAUCAUCUUCAACUAGUCCAUCAGAAGAAAUUACAAAUUCUAGCACCUUAUUUGGAGAGGAGAAGAGGGAACAAACACAUAAGUGUUGUUUUUGUGGAAAAGCCUUUGAGCAACAUGACCACCUGGUCCAGCACAGCAGCAUUCACACAAAAGAUAAGUCCUUUAAAUGUCGGUACUGUGUCAAAAGUUUCUUGCAUAAGCAUGAUCUCAUUCGACAUCAGCGAGUACAUAUGAAGAGACGCUCUAAGCAAGCUCUGAACUCAUACUAAAUUCCUUUUUACCCCAAUAUGCUGGGAACAUUAGAAAAGAGCCUUAUGUCACUAGGUCACUGUGAUCUCACUAUUGUGACUUUGUUAACAACUGUUACUGAAUUGUGCCACUUUGUGUGCUGAGACUCACACCAACACAGACAUUUCAUUUCUAUUCAUUCAUACACUCACACAGAGACCAUAUAGUUAUUAUUCCUUUACUCUGCAACAGUGCCCGUAUAGCAAUACAGUAUUCAAUAGGCAUACAAAACAUGAGUAAUACAGUCAAUAAGCUUCUCUUCCCCCUCACCCCACCAUUGCCAAAUAAUUGUUACUCAUUUCCCCCCUACAUCCCCUUCAUUUUCAUCAUACUGAUUUGAAAAUGACAUCAAUCCAUUGCUUUGGCAUCUUAUAGAUAAAUUCAGAUAAACCUGGAGGAUCAUUUCUUUCCUGCCCUUAGGAGCUUCUUUCUGGCCUGUAACCCCUUUAAAUUUCAUCUUUCCACUGUACCGCUUUGUUUUUAGUUAGAAGGCUCCAGAGCAUGAGGUAGUACCCAUACCGGAGAUUCUUCUAGUAGUCGUGGCUAGAGGUCAGAAAACACAGGCUUUACUGACAGAACCGACAUAAAGCUGAAGUCUUCUAAUUAAAGUAGAACAACUUUCACUAGACUCUGCUAUCCCUUGAAGCUACCUUCCUCUCCAAAGCACAUCAAGCAAAUCCCCGUGCUAAGCUACUAGAUAGUAUCAGGUACUUGCUGCUCUUUCCCUCUUAUUCCUCAGUGUCAUCAGUGCAAAUGGUAACCUCUCCUUCUGCUUGACCCCCAGUACUUGCAUAUAUAAAUACAACAUGACUCUACAAUCUUUGAGGGAAUUUUAUUUGAUUCCCAAGACUAUUUUGUGGCUAUUCAAGCCUACUGUGUAGAUUAGAAAAACAUUUCAUGUUUGUUAUGUUUUGUCUUCUCACUAGAUACGUGCAUUCUAAAUUUCAUGUGGCCAAGCUACUCUAACUCAUAUUUCCAUCCUGAACACAUCUCUUCUAGUACUUUGCACAUAGAAAGUAUCUCUUGCUUGUUUAUAUUUUGUUUUAAAAAGCCAAAUUUUAAUAUGGGUAGAUAAUUCUUAUCUCCCAUCCAAGAAAAAAGUAGUGUUGAGGGGACAUAAAUAAGGCAUUCACCUAUAAAGCAGAACCUUCUGGAUAAACUCGUGGAUUUGAACUAGUGGUCCAACUAUAAAUCAGGGAAGCUGAGCAAAUUACCACCAACUCAUAGUAUUUAAUGGUCUUGGUAUAACUUAAGCCCAGGAACACUCAACUCUCUCUCUCUCUCUCUCUCUCUCUCUUCUCUCUCUCUCUCUCUCUCUCUCUCUCUCUCUCUCGAGACAUAGGGGUAGGACUAAGCACAAAGAAGGAUGAGUAUGUGGGUAUAUAUGGAUGUGUAUAGCUUAUAAAGCCGCACCUAAAAUACUUUUCAUUUAGAUGUUGGCUGACAUAUUAUUCUCAAGGGAUACUGUAAGGUUCAGAAGGUAGGAACACAUUUUCUCCAUCCCCAUAUAAUUUUCCGAAGCUAGAAAAAAAGUACAUCUUUACUGUUGCUGUAGGGGAGUACAGGUAUUUUAUAUCUAAGUGGGCAUUAGUUGUUUAGUGUUUUGUUUUGAUCCAAAGAGAAAGAUUUCUUUUUGGCAAAUUUUAUUAGUCUAAAGAAAGAAAUUUAAAAUUCAUAUUAUUAAUUAAUCAAUAAAACCAGACAGCAUUGCCAUUACCUAGGAUACAGUCCCUGAUUUAUUCAAAAAGAAGACCUUUGAAAAUUGGAAAAAUGAAAGCAUCAUGCCUUGGUUAUUGAAGGAAGUAAUGCACACUAGUACCCAAAUAACUGAAUGCUCUCCAAGGUACCAAUUUAAGGAUAGAGGGAUUAAAAAUCAUGUUACCUCCGUCUGAUUUUUUGGAGUGUUCCCGAUUACUAUUUUCCAGUGUUAUCCCAUUCGUGCCCCUUGCUCUGGGUCAGAGAAUCUCUUUUUGCAGUUGGGGAACAUCCUCUGGAGAGUAGGUCAAAGGUAACUGAGUUAAAGCUGAGUACAGUGUUUCCCCCUACUUAGAAAAGCAAAACUAGGAGCAGGGAGCAACUUUCUAUGUAAUUUUUCAACAUUUAUUGAAAGUUAAGAUUUAGUGACCUCCCAACUCCCAUUUCCUUGCAGGCUUUUAUUGUUCUUGGGAUCCUUCCACUGAGCUCCAUACCCUCCAAGAACCUUUAAAUAAUAUAGGCUUUAUUCCGACUCCCAGGAAUUAGUCUCCCUAACCCUUCCCAACUAGGAAGGAAAAAAAUAAUUGUCCCAAGGGACAGUUAAAGUGACUUUGUCGGCAGUGGCUUUGAUUUAUGCAGUUGGCAUAAGUGAAAACCUGACUUCUAAUGGUGAAAACAUUGUGAUUCGUACCACACAUGUUAAGAAUUUCCUGAAUUGCUUUAUUUAUAAAAGUACAGGGAAAGGUUUACUCCAGACUAGUGGGUAAUGCACUGGGUCUGGAAUAUUGGUCUCUGUUUGGAAGUUCUGAUGUUGACUAGCUGUGUGACUUUGGCUAAGUCACUUGCCUGUUUCUUUCUCUCUGUAUAUAGGCAUUCUUACUUUAUCAGCUGGGACAGUAUGAAGAUAAAAAUGAAAUUAUAGACAUUAAAGUAUUUCAGUAAGUUAAACAUGAUUAUGCACAGUUUUUAGUAUAUGAACUAAAAUCCAGAGAUUAACUCCUACCCCUACACACAAUCUGCCUCACCCCCAAUAAAGUUAUAAAUCUUUUUUUCCCA